AUGUCCGUUGUAGGGGACGUUGUUGUAUCGACAAGGGGUGUUGUGACGAGUGAUGUUGUUGGUGAUACACUUGUUGUUUCUACCGACGUAGGUGGAACGAAACCUGGCGUUGUUGGACGUAUUAAGUCUGUCGUUGGUGGAACGAUAUCAGUGGUUGGUGAUGUUGUAUCGACCACAGGCGUUGUGACAAGUGAUGUGGUUGUUGAUACAACUGUUGAAUCGAUUGACGUAGGAGGAAUAACAACUUGUGUGGUUGCACGUGGGAAUUCUGUUGUUGGCGGUACGAUGUCCGUAGUUGGUGAUGUAUCGACCGCCGACAUUGUGACAACUAAUGUGGUUUGUGAUAUACUUGUUGUGUCAACAGACGUAGGUGGAACGACAGCAGGCGUUGUUACACGUGGUAAUUCUGUUAGUGGCGGAAUAAUGCCUAUAGUGGAAGAUAUUGUUAAUUCAACCACAGGGGUUGUGAUAGAUAAUGCAGACGUUGUGUCUACCGAAGUAAGUGGAACGAUAACUGGCGUAGUCUGGCGUAGAAAUUCUGUUGUUGGCGGAACGAUGUCUGUAAUUAGUGAUGUUGUUAAUUCAACCACUGUUGUGUCGUCUGAAAUAGAUGGAACAAUAACUGGCGUUGUUGAACGUGGGAAUUCUGUCGUUGGCAGAAUGUCCGUUGUAGGUGACGUUGCUGUAUCGACUACAGGUGUUGUGACAAUUGAUGUCGUUGCUGAUGUUGUAUCGACCGAAGUAGGUGGAAUGACAAUUGGCGUUGUUGGACGUGGUAAUUCUGUUGUUGGCGGUACGAUGUCUGGUGUCGAAGCAAGUGAUGAGGUUGGUGACACAAUUGUUGUAUCAACCGUGAUAGAUGGAACCAAAGCUGGCGUUGUUGGACGUGGGAAUUGUGUUGUUGGUGGAACAAUAUCUGUAGUUGGUGAUGUUGUUGUAUCGACUACUGGCGUUGUGACAAGUGAUGUAAUUGGUGAUACAACUGUUGAAUCCACAGAAGGAGAUGGAAUGACAAAUGGCGUUGUUGGACGUGGCAAGUCUGUCGUUGGUGGAACGAUGUCCGUAGUUGGUGAUGUUGUAUUGACCACAGGCGUUGUGACAAGUGAUGUGGUUGGCGAUACAACUGUUGUAUCGGCUGAAGUAGGUGGAACGACAACUGGCGCGGUUGGACGUGGGAACUCUGUUGUUGGAGGAAAGAUCCCUGUCGUUGGAGAUAUUGUUGCUGGCGGAAUGAUGUCCGUUGGUGAUGAUGUUAAUUCGACCACCGGUGUUGUGACAACUGGUGUCGGUUGUGAUACAACUGUUGUAUCGAGCGUAGUAGGUGGGACUAAAACUGGCGUUGUUGACUGUGGUAAUUCUGUUGUAGGCUGGAGGAUAACUGAGCUUUCAACACGCAUGGUUCUGCCUGGUGUUAGCUCGGUUCUCGUUGUGAAUGACUCUGUUAUCGGCAUUGAAAAUGAUGGUAUAGUUGGUACAGUGAGUUCAGUUACAAAUGUAGUCGCUCUAAUUGGUAAUGUCACUGUUGGUAUUGGGAACUCUGGCGAACUGGGUUCGGGCGGUAAAGUGAAGGAGUCUGUAGUUUCCUUGAGAAUAAAUGAAGUUCUCAUCGCGGUGGUUGAAUCCACUGUCAUGGAGGGUGUGAUGACCGUUUGUGUCUCUACUCUGCCUACAAGGACAGUAAAAGAGUGA